AUGGAAGUGCUUAUUGCAAGUAAUCUGGAUGAUAGUAAAUGGCACCGUCUUAGUAUGCAGAUUAGUGAGGAUCAGAAAUUAAUCCGAGUAGAGAUUGACGGACAUGGAAAGGAGAUUCGUUCCGAAGAGCAGCUACCGACGCUCAUUUCGAGCUCCCUAAAAUUUUUGUCAUUAGGCCAGAAAGAUUUGGGCACUUUUACGGGUUGCUUUCGACGAUUUAUCGUUAACAAUCAGGCACAGAAUUUCGAUGCUUCGGAAAGAAAGUUGCUAACACAACAGGUAAAUCGUGCGAAAUCUUGUGAAAGAAAUCGCAGAGAAUCCGAUUUUGCUGAUAUAAGGCAAUUGAAAGCAGCGCUACGCACUCCAGUAUAUAGUCCGGAACAUCGGUACUCGUCAUCGGAAUGCAGCAUACAGGAACCGGAUCGGCGAAGACGGCGUCGUUCCCAGAAAAGGCCGUUACAACUGCUCAGCACGCCGAACCUCGAGCCGCCUGACACGACGAAAAGAAGGCACUCCAGUGGAAGUGAAUCAGAGUCGGUGACUGGAAUACGGGUGCCACAUGGUUUGGAAAGAUUUCGAGCACCUCGGUCCAUGUUUGCUGCUGAUUCCGAAGAGUCAUCUGUUGACGGGUGGUUGAAGAUGAGGGAGAAUUUGCAAAGACUUGCUCAAUUUUCACACUAUGUUUGA